UCCAUGUGCUGGUUCUACCCGGGCCGGAACCGCCGGCGGCGGCACCUGGUUUCCGCGGGGACCCACUUCCCGGACGGACCCGACCUCCGCGGGACGCGGCCCGGCAGCAUCGAGUCUGAUCAAGAAAUGCUGGCAGAAUGUUGGGCUCUUGGAUAUUUUGCCAUGUGAAUUUGCCCAUGCGAUGUCUUGUUCACGGUGUACACCGCUGGAGGUGGCCUGCCUGUGGACGGAGGAAUGUUGGGCAUUUCAGAAAAGGCGUGCACACCACAAGAACACCAUUCAGUGGUAGGGUCACCCCUGUCUUCACUAGAGCUCUGGCUUUUGGUGAUAAAAUUGCCAUCAUUGAUCAAAAUGGAGAGCACACGUACAGGGACCUUUACACUCAAAGUGUCCACUUGUCUCAGCAAAUCUGUGAAGUGCUCAGAUGUUCCAGUGGAGACCUAAAGGAGGAGCGGAUCUCGUUUUUGUGCCCAAAUGAUGCCUCAUAUGUGAUUGCCCAGUGGGCUUCCUGGAUGAGUGGAGGCAUAGCUGUUCCCCUGUACAGGAAAUACCCAGUGCGGGAACUGGAGUAUUUCAUCCAAGACUCCCAGAGUAGUCUAGUCAUUGCCACGGGAGAGUAUGUGAGGGACAUAACCCCUAGUGCUGAGAAACUGGGAAUACCCGUUCUGCCACUUGUUAACUCCGGUAGCGAUGGAUGUAUAAAUGAUAAGACUGUGGAAGCGUUCCCCUUGGCAACUGACUGUCCUGAGUGGAAAGAGAGAGGAGCCAUGAUCAUCUACACCAGUGGGACUACAGGAAGACCAAAAGGUGUCCUUAGUACCCAUCAGAAUGUGCAAGCUGUGGUCACAGGGCUGGUUGACAAAUGGGAGUGGACGAAGGAAGAUGUUAUCUUGCACGUGCUGCCUUUACACCAUGUCCACGGAGUGGUCAAUAAGCUGCUGUGCCCUCUUUGGGUGGGAGCUACGUGCAUCAUGCUACCUGAGUUCAGCCCUCAGAAGGUUUGGGAGAAGUUCUUAAGCCCCAGAGCUCCACGGAUCAGCAUCUUCAUGGCGGUCCCCACUAUUUACUCCAGACUGGUGGAGCAUUAUGACAGGCAUUUCUCUCAGCCUUCUGUCCAGGAUUUCGUACGUGCCACGUGCCGGGAUAAUUUCAGGUUAAUGGUUUCAGGAUCGGCAGCCCUUCCUGUGCCAGUCCUGGAGAGGUGGAAGAACAUCACCGGACACACGCUGCUGGAGAGGUACGGGAUGACAGAGAUCGGAAUGGCACUUUCUAACCCCUUGCACGGAGUUCGUGUCCCAGGAUCUGUGGGGACGCCGCUGCCAGGGGUGGAAGUGCGCAUUGCCACGGAGCGCUUCAGCAGGGAAGGUCCUUCCUACACCAUCCACGCUCAAGGAGAUGAACGUGACACAAAGGUGACCCCCGGCUUAGAUGGCAAAGAAGGUGAGCUUUUCGUUAAGGGGCCUACAGUAUUUCGAGAAUACUGGAAUAGACCUGAAGAAACAAAAGACGCUUUCACACCCGAUGGCUGGUUCAAAACAGGUACUGUGCUGGUCCCACUGGGGUGUGCAUGA